AUGGAAAAAGGAUUAGAAGGAGAGGGGGAGGAGAAAGAGAGGGGGGGAGAAAAGGGAGAGAAAGAGGAGGGGGAAAAGCUUAGAGAACGAGAGAAAUGGGAGGGUGGAAAGAGAGGAGAGAAAGGGGAGGGGAGGAAGAGAAGAGAAGAGAGAAAUGGGAGGGUGGAAGGAGAGAAAAGAAAGGGGAGGGGAAAGAGAGGAGAGAAAGGUGAGAGAAGAAAGGGAAGGGGAGAAAGAGAAAGGGGUGGAGAGGAGAGAAAUGGGAGGGUGGAAAGAGAGGAGAGAAAGGGGAGGGGGAAAGAUAGGAGAGAAAGGGGAGGGGAGAAAGAGAGGAGUGACAGGGAGGGGGAAAGAGAGGAGAGAAAGGGGUGGAGAGGAGAGAAAUGGGAGGGUGGAAAGAGAGGAGAGAAAGGGGAGGGGAAAGAGAGGAGAGAAAAGGGAGGGAGAAAGAGAGGAGAGGAGUGGGAGGGUGGAAAGAGAGGAGAGAAAGGGAAGGGGGUAAGAGGAGGGGGAGAGAGGAGAGAAAGGGGAGUGAGAAAGAGAGGGGAAGAGAGGAGAGAAAUGGGAGGGGAAGUGAGGAGAGAAAGGGGAGGGGAAAAGAGAGGAGAGAAAGGGAAGGUGAAAAGAUCGGGGAUGGAGGUAUGA